AUGGCGAAUGUUGUUACAAGACUGUUGAGCAUGAAACAUGUCUUCUUUCUGGGGCGCUUGUCACUGAAUCUUAACGUGCGCACUUAUGUUUCGGCACUCUUUGUAUCUGGCAAAAGGGCUAGCGAAUCGUUUGCGAUUCUGUCCCCCUAUCUCGACUUUGACGAGCGAUUUUCAGACAUGGAUAAGUUGAAAAACGAGUUGAAAUUGCGCGCUCUUGAUGUCGAUGCUGAAAGUGUGAAAAAUUCAUGGGAUUUGUACAAAAGUGUCAUUUCAAAUCGGGAUGCAUUGGAGAAGAAGAGAAUUGACACAGCUAGUCAGAUAAAAGGUCUAAACACAAAUAAUGCCGAAUCUGUAGACAAUGAAGAAAUUACCCGACUGAAAACAGUGGGCAAAGUAUUAAGGGAGGAUUUGAAAGUAGUCAGGGAAAUCCUGUGGGAGCUUGAGGAUUCCGUGAUUCCAAAAAUUCUGAAACUACCCAACGUUCUGCACAAAGACACGCCAGCUUUUGAUCCGGUUAUUUUGUAUUCUUACGGAAACCUUAAUCCCGGUGAGAAUUCAAGUUGCUCGAGUAGCCACAUUGAUAUUGGCAGGAGGUUGGGAUUGCUGGAGUAUUCAAGCCCUAUGAAUUACUAUCUGCACAACGAGGCAGCCCUCUUUGAACUGGCCGUACUUCGAUUAGCUGCCGAUGAGUUUGUCCAUGAUAACACGAUGCGGGUCACAGGUUUGGAUUUUGCUCGCAGUAUAAUUGUAGAAGCUACUGGGCUGGACCAUGAGAGCCCCGAAGAUUCGUUCAUCCUUCAAGAUAAUGAGGAGGUCGAAAAACAUUCGGUUAAUCGCAUGCACCUUAUCGGAGGUGCCAGUCUGCCUUCCUUCCUUGCAAUGCAUACCAAGCAGUUGAUUAAUCCGAAAUACUUUCCGCUGAGGUAUUUUGCCAGCGGUAGGCAGUACGUACCUUUUAAUAGCUGUUUGCGGGAGGCUGGAAUGUUCACAGUUUGUCAGUCAUCUGUGGCAGAAGUUUUUGCUAUGGUCAAAGACUCGAAGAGCAGCGAAUAUGCGGAGGAGUUUGAGAGGAUCCUUGACUCCGCAAAGCUGUUAUACAACAGCCUUUGCAAUCAUUACCGAAUCGUAGUUAGACCAGCCAGAGAUUUGAGGCCAUGGGAAAGUUUGAGAGUAUCGUUUGAGCUGUGGUCUCCUUAUUCGAACGAUUACAUCGAAGUUGGCCACCUUUCUCUCUGUGGAGAAUAUCUUAGUAAGCGAUUAUUAAUCAGUUGUCAAACCCAUUACGGCAGAACUUUUCCUUCUAUUAUUUCUGGAACUAUACUAUCUGUACCAAGACUUCUGGGAUGCCUACUCGAGGAGUCUCCAGAAGAGUUUGUCGUCCCAGACAAAGUGCGAAAAUAUAUGCCUGCAUAAAAUUUUGUCAAACUGAGUUUAUUUUGAAAAUGAGA